AUGGCCGAAACACCCGCCACCCUCCCAAUCCAAACCCACCACUGCAGUUUCUGCAACCACCUUUUGCUAGCAACAACGCGCACGCUUUCCACGCUCCCCCGCCGCGGUGGCGAAAGCAAAGACGCCGCCACAAUCCUCCCACUAGAAAACACAGACCGCGACCUAGAAGCCGAGCUCGAAGACGGGUCUAAUCCCAAACUCCGCCAUGUAUCACAGCACAUGACGCUUCUUCUCGCGACGACGAUCCCCGAUCGUCGCGCGACGCUUAUCCGCCGCGCAGACGGGAUCGAGAAGCGAUUGUUGCUCAGGUGUGGGCGAUGUCGCGUAGUCGUGGGGUACUAUCUGGACCGGGUGCAUUGGGAGAGUAAGGCUUUGAAUUCCGGGAAAGGGGAUGCUGGGGAUGAGAGGCCACCGGCUGUGUAUAUUCUGCCAGGGGCUGUUGUUGAGACGGAGAAGAUGGGGAGUGCAGGGGAUGAAGGGUGGAGGGAAUGGAUGAAGGAGCAGAUAUGA